AUGGUAACUGAACAAAUGGGGACUGAACAACAUAACGAACAGCCUAACCAAAUGGGGACUGAACAACCUAACGGACAGCCUAAGCCUGGCGUAGACUAUUCUGACUACUACAAGUAUCUGAUGGAAAAUCCUUGGAUUCAGCAGGCGAUUGCAACAUACGACUGGACGAAACACAGCUCAAAAUUGCUGGAAUCUACAUUGGAUCGUGUAGAGUCAAGUGUGCAGGCGGCCGCGCAAACUGCCACGCAAAAAGCAUACGACGCUCAUCAGAACUACUAUGUUCGUUCAAGGGAAGCCGUCACAAAUGCCUAUAAUGCAGGGAUGGAAAAGACCAUGUCAGCAGUGGAAACAUCGAAGAAUGUGGCAGUUCAAGGAGGUACAUUUGGUAUUGGAGCGGCAGUGGUUGCUACACAGUUGGGAUUGGCUUUAUCCACCGGUGGAGCAAUACUGCUCCUCGAUACGCUUGGAGGUGCUAAGAAUGCUGGUCAGCAAAUGCUCGCCGCAGUUCGUGAUGCUGAGAAAGUGGUCGAGGAGAAGAUCUGGAACGCUAUCGCCGAAGGCCAACGAGUUGCACAAAUUCCUCUCGAUAAAAUUGCCGAAAGCACAAACGCUUUCUUGGAUGUUAUCAGUGUGUUGGUGGAACGAUCACUAGGAAUUCCAGUUGAAGAACAUCCAGAGGGCUCAGUGAAGGAGCGUGUCUAUACGUUGGCCCGAAAGAUUGUGAAAGCGGUUAAUGAAAGGGCACAUACUCAAGUAAUUGAUCCGGUUACCGCUCAACUCCGUUCACUUCUGGACACCCUAAGCAAGAAUUUCCUACUUGCCGAUAUGGUCCGUGCAAAACGCGAAUGGGCCCUUGAAAAGGUGGGAGAGCUGUCGUCGUCCGUUGUGGAGCUGAAAGCACGGAUAGAGAAGGAAGCCAAGGAGUACAGCACAAAACCCGAAGAAUUGCUGAUGAAAAGCAUUCGUACUACUUCAGCACAAUUGAGAGAAAAUUUGCAAGCGCUGAAGGAAAAGCAGGUGUUUGGUGAUGGUACCCGUGUGGACUCAGCCAUUCAUUAUUUGCAAGACCUCGAUAGAAAUUUGGCCGAAUCGAAAGACAUCUAUCAAGUCAGAGAUGAGGUGCUCUCAGAAGCCCGUCAGCGUCUCUCCGAGGUGACAGCAUGGACGAGCAACAUUUUGGCGCGUGAAAAACAACAUCAGCAAUAA